UUCCGGGUGUUUUCCCCUCCCCAGUUGGACUGUGACGGCGAGCGAGCGAGCGCCGCAGUUUUUCUACUUCUGAAGCCUCAACUCCGCCGACAUGAACCGCAUCUUCGGCCGAGGAACCCCGAAGGCGCCGCCGCCGAACCUCUCCGACUGCAUCGGAAGCGUUGAUUCCCGGGCGGACUCCGUGGAGAAGAAGAUUGCCAAACUAGAUGCCGAACUUGUCAAGUACAAGGACCAGAUGAAGAAGAUGAGGGACGGGCCCUCGAAGAACAUGGUGAAGCAGAAAGCAUUGAGAGUUCUGAAGCAGAAGAGGAUGUAUGAGGGUCAGAAAGAUAACCUGAUGCAGCAGUCGUUCAAUAUGGAACAAACAAACUACACAAUAUCGAGCCUUAAAGACACUAAAACCACAGUUGAUGCCAUGAAACUCGGCCUCAAAGACAUGAAGAAAGCUUACAAGAAAGUGAACAUUGAUCAGAUUGAGGAUGUCCAAGAUCAGCUGGAGGACAUGAUGGAGGACGCCAAUGACAUCCAGGAGGCACUGGGCAGAAGCUAUGGCACACCCGACAUCGAUGAAGAUGACUUGGAAGCAGAGCUGGAUGCUUUGGGAGACGAGCUCCUGAUGGACGAGGACAGCUCCUACCUGGAUGACGCUGCGACAGCUCCUUCCAUCCCAGAGGGUAUGCCUGGCGACAAGUCAACCAACCGGGAUGGUGUUCUGGUGGACGAGUUUGGCCUUCCUCAGAUUCCUGCUACAUAAAGAAGUUAUCGCUGCACUCAUGCUGGUUUUAUAUGUAUCAUAGCCUUUUUUUGUAUUUAUCCAAAUGACACUCCCAGCCUUUAGAGGGAAGCCUUGAAAAUCAGAGCAUCUACUGUACAAGGAAUGAUGGAAAAUUACAUCAAAUCAGGUUUCUUGAAUAAAAGUGGAUUAUUAAUUACUAGUAUGCUUCUUUCAUAUGUAUCUAAGGUGAUUGGUGGAACUGGGAUUCUCUCUCGCUCUCUUUCUCUCUCGCUUCUCUCUUUGUACAGUCUCUGCAGUUUGUGUUUACCAACAACCAAAUAAAUUAUAUUUUUCAAUCCAUA